UUUGGUUUCUGUUUUGAGGUUGGAAUCCGAAGCGUGUUCUGUAUUUUGUGCGAAACUGACUACAAAAAUUGCGGAAAAUUAUUUUACUGUUUCGUGUACAAUAAGUACAAACCCACCGGUGUGCUCCUUGGAAAAGUAGGCUGAGACUGUACGAAAGACUUGGAGCAGCUUGGAAAACAGUUAAAAAAAUCGCUAAAAGGUCUAAAAGCCGCUGACCAGAACGAGAGCAGCACGUGCUUCAAUAGAGCUAAGUUGGAGUUUACAAAUUGAACUUUGACUGAGUUUAACUGAUCACGAUGAAGAACAGACCCGUGAAGCACAAAUCAUCCAAUAAUUUUCAUUUUAAAUCCUUCCGUGAUCGAAUCAAAGAAGUCGACAUUCGCCGCAGCGCAUUGUAUCGCUUGGAAGAAACUUCCGAAGAUAGACUCUCAGAGCAAAGUGGUACUUUUUUCUACGCGGCGCUUAAGACAUGGUCGGUCUUAAAUUUAACAAACGAAUACGCCGAAUAUCAACGUCUAUUUAAAGAUUCGAACACGCUGUCCUUGCUACUCUUCAACAAAAAUGAUAUCAUGGCCCAUCUUCUGAACUGUUUGCGAAAAACAUCAGAUGCGGCUGUGCAGCCGUUACUGGAGUUGGUGGUAGCAGUGGCGAAAGAUUUGCGGAAAGAAUUUCAUAAUUACUUUGCAUCCGUGUUCAAUGUACUGGUCCCGUUUCUUCACUCUUCCAGCGCCGAUCGCGUAGAGUGGACACUGAUUUGUCUGGCACAUCUAUUUAAAGCACUAAGGGGCUUUCUACGAAACCAUUUUACAAAUAUUUUUGAUCUGCUAGUGCCACUACUUAACGAAUCUGAUUCCGUUCAUCAUGCCGUGAACUUUGCAACCGAAUGCCUCGGAUAUCUUGCACGAGAUCUUAAGGAGAAGCGAACGUUGAUUGAUAUGCUGUUAAAAUUCCAGAUGCAGAACGACGCUAGAACAUCCGUAUGCGGUCAUGUACUGUUUGAAAUAUUGAACGGAGUGCAGAACCAAUUCCACACAACAGCUAAACAAACGAUGCAGCAGUACUUCGAUAUACUGCAGCAACUAAAUCAGGACGAUAGUGACCAUUUGCAGGAAAUUCUGACUCAAACUAUUACAGAUAUUGUUGAGUACAUUCAUCCUGGAGAUAUAGUCAUAUUUUGGGACACCGUUCGAAACACUAUCGAACAUUGCAUAAACCUGCUCAGUAUUCAGCAAAUUGAAGUCACAAGCACCAGCACCGAUCCUAAUAUCAUAACAUAUUUAACACGAAUAUUGCAGUUGGCUGGAAUAGUACUGGAGUAUAAAGAUGGCAAGCUUCUCGGAAAUAGUGCCCCAACAGUUGUGUCGCAGCUGAUACGAUUACUUGCUUUCUCGCCUAGUAACUGCGACGGGUUUUCCGAAACAAUCGUCAGCCACAUCAUAAUUUUGCUUCGAUCGAAGAACAUUCAGCUGUCGCACUUGGAAGCUAGCCGCUUGACGAGAAACAUGUUGAUGCUCGACAAGCGUUCCCUGUAUGAAAGAUUCAUCUCAUCAACUGUACAUUGUCCUGUAUUUGAAACGCUUAUUUGGCCAUGUUUUGUGAAAAAGCUUGACGAUGAUUUCGACGAUGCUCGUCUUCUGUUUCUGGCUGAUCUGCUGCUACAGAAAGUUCCACAAAGCGUCAACGGCCUGCAGUUAUCUAAAUGGAAACCCUACCCAGUACAAGUUAUGUCCAACGGAAAAGUUCAAUUUUAUAUAGACUCUAUGCUCGCUGCUGAUGUGCUAGAAGUAGAGAAUGUACUAGAGCAGUUUGAAUUGUACCUUUGUGCGUUGAUCGUACUGCCACAUCUGACAUGCUUCAAAGCGAAAGCAGAAAUCGCGAAAAAUUUAAUCAAGUUUGUGUUAUCGCUAGUGCAUGUUGCCGAAACAGCAGUAUCCAACAUACCAGAAAAAAAGAAAUUGGCCAAAAUUGUUCAACUAAUUACGGUAAUGUUAGAAACAAUUGUGCACCUGAACAAAACCGAUAAAAGAAGCAUAUUUUGUGUUUUAGAGAGUCUACUGGGCAUCAUAACCUUAAACGACUGCCUGCUACUUAACAGUGUGCAUCUACUUGUGGUUUUCACUAUGGAUCGUUGGCAAUCUAUGGCAACAUAUCAGGAGUUUAGAAGAUUGCAAAACUGUUUAAGUCCCCUUCUCUCAUCAUUUGACGUAACGAUCAGACAUUUGUCUGCAGAUAUAUUAGCAAAAUUUGAUCAUUUGCCUGAGCUGAGUGCUGGUUUGGGACCAUUGUACAAAACAAUUGCGAGGAUUGAAAGCAUCGAAUCGCUAGUACAUACCUACCGUGAGCAAGUACUACUGUUCCAGGAUUUGGCGUACAACAGUCAGUUCUUCAAGAAAUCGUCAAUUGUAGGCCAAAGUAAAGAAUGGACCGAAAUUACGCUACGCUAUAUGAUGUCAAUAUAUUCGGUCAACUUUAAAUUACUGUGGGAACCAGCCUCAAGCAUCAUUCGAAAUUAUGUAGACAAUAUGACAAACAAUGAAUAUGAAUUAUUUUGGCGAGUUUUUGAAGCUAUGCUAACAAUGGCUGAGAGGAAAAUUCCAUACGAACGGCCUUGGCAAAAUUGGGAGGAUCCCGAUGAUACAUCCAAUAUCAUUCUUGCCAGAGUGAUGCCCUUCUUGAUAAAAAAGAAAAACAUUGACUACAACAAUGUGCUCAUUCAGCUUCUCAACAUGCUACGAAGCUGUACAGUCUUUUGUCGUAAGCACGGAGAUCGCAUCGUGGAUAGUUUCUUCUCUUUUCUCAAUUCGACCAGCAUGGAUGAUAACGAAGACACGACAAAUGUUGUAGUGGAAGCCAAGCGUCGUAAAAGCAGCCCGCAUAGACAGCAGAUCCUGCUAUGUUAUCUCAAUAUGUGUAGCGAACUAAACAAAGAAUUGAUACAAGAUAAGAUAGAACAACUGUACGUUGUUUAUAAAAACUUUAUCAGUAGUAGGAACGAAGAACUUCAACAAGCCGCGCUAAAUGGUAUCUUUGCGCAUGGUAAAUCGCAUUUAAUGCUUUAUAAAGACUUCAUUACCCGUUUAACAAACGAUAAAACACUCAGUAAUGCAUUGCUAUCGACGUUCGAGCCGUCGGAUAAAGAAACGGCAGCGAGUAGCACACCCGUUAACAUUGCAGAACAGCAUCGACCGGAUGUAGUACAGUUAAUCUUGAAUGUCUUAGAUAGAAAAAUGAUACAUAAUCUAAGUUGUAGAGAUGAUGUCCAUAGUGGCCAACAUAAGUCUGCAAUUCUUACAUUUAUCGGGCGUUUGCGUGAAACUGAGCUUGAAUGGUUAUUGCAACGUUGGUUUGAACCAUACUUAAAGCUACUAAAAUCGACACCUCUCGAAACGGUACAAUGUUUAAUGCGUGAAAAUAGAUGCGAUACUUCCCAUGCAAUCCCGAUUACGAACUCUUACAAAGUCAACACACUUCUCAGCUUACUGGCAACGCUGCAAAUGGAAGCGGGGCUGUUGCCGGGAGCUCAAUUCUCUGUAAGGUUAAUGCACUUGAAAAUUGCAUUUGAUGCCUUGGUGAUCCAAAUGGAUCAUAUAAUCUACAAAAAAUACAAAUCGCGCGCAUUGUUGGACCUGGUUGAUUUGAUUGACCACUACGGUCAACAAUAUCAGUGGACGAAAGAGGAGAUCGAAGCAAUCCUGCAUGUACAUGUGUGGCCGAACUUGGAAAAUCUGCCUAAGGAUAGUAUCCAUAGUGCAACACCACUCUUAAAACUACUUUUCUCGUGUAGUCGAAGCGAAAGGUUAUAUACCGUUCUAGAGAAACCUCUAUGUGAAUUUCGGCCUGCAGCAGAGAAAUCAAUUACGCCACUAUCCGCAAUGAUUGCGCUUCUGAAAGGAUCAAAAACCAGCAGCAAAGUUUGCCAAGAUAUAUUUACUGCACUAGCUAUGAUGUUGGAUGCUGAAGACAACUUUUGUAAGGAAUAUGUUAGUGCAGCUGAUAAAUCAACCGGCAGAAGCAGGUUGCUUCAACCCUAUGUGAAAGAUUUGCUAGAAUUCAUUCGCUCGUCGUUGCGACAAAAGGGUACUAUUUCGUUUCACUUACUUGUUAUAUUGCAGAAUCUGGUCGAUUCUAAUUUGAUUGGUAGUGAUGAAAACGGAGAACCGGUUGAAGACGAUCGUAAUUUGUUGCUUAGUUCGCUGUUUCCAAUACUUAUAAAAACGGUAAGCGGCAUUCACGAUGAAGCUACUAUAACUCAACACGAAACAAGGGAAUUCAUACGCCGUUUACAUAUCAUCGUCAUGAGUCUGCUAGUCCAGAUUACUGAACCUGAGCGCUACGUAAAGCAGUUGGCAUACAUGUUGGAAAUGGUGAAGGAUUUGGGAUCCCGGAAGAUGCUGUUCGACAUAUUUGACGCGUUAGCAACAUUGAAUUCACGAGAGUUGCAAUUUAUAGCAAUUAUAGUGCGCCAAAUGAAUGCAAUGGAUAACCGGUGGAUUGAUCAGCCGGACCACUCGACUCGAGCAGGUGCCUUCCGCGCAAUUGAUGGGCUGUUGAUUGAAACUUCUGACGACCUUCAACAAAUAACAGGCCGAAUAUGCAUCGUUUAUUUGUCACAAAGUUGUCACGUUUUGCGGUUUGAAAAGGAGCUUUCAGCUCGACAAAUCGCUUUUGAUAAUGUUUGCAAAAUAUUGAAAUAUCUGUGUGCGGAUGCAGGCCACGAGAUUAGUCCCACUGAUAGACACUAUUGUAUAGAGAAAAUAGUUCUCAAAUCGGUUUUGGAUGGACUAAAGGUUAGGCGAUUCGACGAUAUACGCAAUGAUGCAAUUCUACUGCUAGGUGAACUUUCACGUAAAUUGGGGAGAAUAUCGAUACAUCAAGAGUGUCGUGUUUUUAGAGAAUUGUGGCAUUUCACCGGUCAGGCGCCAGGAAUGGGCAAAGAGAUGGAUUUCUUUGAUAAUAUUACCCAUUUGCAGACUCAUCAGCAUUGCAAAGCAUUAAAGAGAUUAGCUAAUAAGCUUUUGAUUUUGAACGAAAAUGAUGAUACCAGCAGCAAGUUAUCUCCACGCACAGUUAUCCAGUUUUUGCUCCCCAUCGUUUCUCACUACGUAUGUAAUGAAAAUUAUCGAACGCAAACAAGUAUAAUCGAUGAGGCUACUCACUCUAUCGUCCAAAUGUGCCGAAUGCUACCUUGGCGAAGCUACAAAGCCGUAUUACUGCAAUACCUGAGACGAUUGAAAUAUUGCUGGGACUAUCAGAAACAGUUAUUGAAAAUAGUAAUUGGCAUCAUGGACGCUUUCCAUUUUAAUCUAUCAGAAUUAGCAACGGAUAGCCAUGAAACAUCUUUGGCGAUCACGAAUGCCCUAAUGAACAGAAAGUUGGAAAUGAACGCCGACAUCACUGGUCAUAAUUUGAUAUCCAUCGUUUCAAAUGCCGUACAUUUAGAUGAAACAGGCGAGUUAAAAAAAGAUUUGAACAACGAAGAAGAACAUGUGGAAAAUGAUGUAGUGUUGCAUCAGCAACAAAACGAUUUGUUCAAGACAACCACUGAAAUUGUCGAUGAUAUAACGCAGAACGUUGUGCCAAACCUCUUGUCUUCAUUCAAUUUUGCCACAGAAUAUUUACAAUCAAUCAAUGGAGGUAAAAUCGGUAAAUUUCAAUUAGACAAAAAAGCGCGUUUUGCUAAACAAAAAGAAGAAAUACUGAAGUUACCGAUUGCGAUGGCAAUAGUAAAACUUUUCAUGAAACUGCCUCCUGAGCAGAUAGAGAUAAAUCUACCAAAAUUGAUCAUCAAAGUAAUUACCUUUCUAAAAUCACGCUUAAAGUCAGUCCGAGCGCAGGCACGCAACACUCUUGCGCACAUUACCAUUGAGCUUGGGCCGAUGUAUUUCAGUUUCAUACUCCAAAAUCUGUUGGUAAUGCUCACACGUGGCUUCCAGCGGCACGUCCUUACAUUCACCGUCCACACGCUCAUAGAACGGGCCCAAAAGCAUUUGGCCAACGAAAAUGUCAUGCAUGAUAUACUACAAACGGUGCUACAUAUUUGCAUUGAAGACAUAUUCGGGCAGUUGAUCGGAAUAGUGCGUGGAACAACGAUUGAAAGUGGUACAUUAAAAAGAGUAUCUGCACCAGAGUCGAAAUCGUCACGCAAACCCUACCAAACACUUUUAAUUUUAGGGCAGUAUGCACGAGAAGAGAUGCUCAUAGACUUGUUUACCCCUUUCUGUGGCGUGCUUCUACACUACCGCACGUAUCAAACUGUAAAAAAAAUACAAGAUGCAUUUCGUCGUAUUUCGAUUGGUAUAAUUUCGAAUGAAACAAUUCAAGCGGAAGCACUUCUAGUUUUCAUUCAUGGAAUGUUGUCGGGAGACAUUUUUGCUCAAUGCAUUGCUUCUUCUUCGAACGAUAGCAAUCAUCAUAACAUCUUAGCAACCAAAACUUCUGAAAAUUCGGAACAAUUGCCAGCCGGUAUUCUCGAAACGGGGACCACCUACCUAAUACCGUCCGAACCGAAACGAUACGGUUCUACAUCAAUCAACCUAGAAGAUUGUUCCGGAGACCAAAAAAAUGAUAACUUGUUUCUUGAAUGUGGUAUGCAAUUACUUUUAAAUUUUAUCGAACGCAAGCACGUCGAAACACGCCAUGAUCAUGAGCAAGGACAUACGUUUAAACAAAGCAUGAAUCCGAUUAUUCCAAUGUUGGUUCAGUCAUUGGAUAGUAAGGACACGAAAAUCAUCUGCCUCUCAUUGAACUGUCUAAGUGCACUUUGGAGUACCCAAUGGCUAAUACCGUAUAUGGAGGAACGAACAACAAUGGAGUCGAUCGUACAAUACAUUUUUGCCCUUCUUCAUCGUUACAAUACUGUCGCAAUCGAUGUGAAUGCUUCUAACUUUUCUAUAGUACGAGCCAGCUUUAAAGCGAUAGUUGCGCUACUCAAAUACUUCAAAGGUUCAUACCUAUUUACUGAUGAACAGCUACGGCUGCUGAUACUAUACAUUGAACAAGACAUCUCUGUAGGCGGUGGUCGCCAAAUGAUGGCUUUCGUAUUGGUGCGGUCACUCAUAGCGAGAAGAGAAAAUUUUCCUGAACUGCAUUGUUUAAUGGAAAAAAUAUUUGAAAUUUGCAUUCGCUCCGAAAGCGCCAGUGAAAGAUCCGAGUGCCGUCAAAUCGCAGUAGAGUAUAUCAUGUGUUAUCCUGUUGGUAAAAAAGUUCAAACACAUCUACUUUUUCUGACGGACCAACUACAAUAUGUCAUGCCAACUGGUCGUCAAUCGGCGGGGCAGUUGUUGAAAGAACUAUUCCAGAGGCUUCCCAAGGAAGCAAUAGAAAACCAACACAUUGUACUUUUCUUCGCCUUAGGUGUUCGUUUAUCAAAUGAAAGUGACAAAGAUAACCGAGCGCUUGUAGCCGAAUGUAUUGAAAAAUUACUUGAGCGAUUGCCGGUGAAACGUAAGAGUAAUCUCGUUGUGAUACUGCACGAAAUGCUUGCUGAUCAUUUGAAUAAGCAUCGUGAACUGGCGGGGCAACUUCUUUUGCGAAUAGUUCGAUCAGAACCAACACAGUCCUUUAUCAAUAGUUGGCUCCCUACUGCAUACCCUUUAUUACUGGCAAACCUAAUGCCGCAAUUUGAUAGCAAUAGAACAACUGAUAAUGUUGAGCCAGGGAAAUUUGUCAAACCCAUUGUUACACCUUUUACGACAUUACUGAAUGCAGACACUAGAGGCGAUCAUCUUAUCAUACAGACACUGCAUGUGUUCGAUGAGCUUUUACGAUUGGAUCCAGCACUAUUAACAGAGAGACUAUACUGGGACAUGAUUGAUUCGCUGGCUUAUGUUUCACAGGCUUUGCUAGCAAGUGGUCAUCAUUGGGUACGUCUUGGGGCAUUACGAUUGCUUUAUCGGAUAAUCAAUUCCCUCGAUUUCAACGCGAUUCAUGAAAAAAUUCAAGCAGAAUUCGAGGGAUUGGAAAUUAACCAUGUAACUUCGUUAAAGAGUACGUCCACUGCUCAUACAGCCCCCGGAAGACAAUUUUUCUAUUACGCACCAUUGCGUGACUGUAAGUCACUUGCGUUGGAUCUAUGCGCACAGCUAACACCAAGUAGUGCCCUGUACGACAGCCAUGAAGAUGAAACAGUUCGAUUUAUCACUCAGAUACUGUUUCUCGUGGCAAACAUUCUGCGUUUGGUACCGUUAAAUGCUGCUAACAAAAUAAAUUUGUACUGGCUCAUUCGACGUGUGCGAUACGUAAUACAGACUGAAAUCGUAAAAUCUCCCAAAUGCUAUACACUGCGGAAACAUGCACUUCACUGGAUGACUUCUGUAGUAUCCAUUAUCGAGCAAAACACAUUGGAACGACUAGCUCCGUCACUACUCAUGCCAGCUGUGAGAGAACUAUCGAUUCUGAAAAAUAGAUCAACGGAACCUACCGACCAACAGGACGUCAUUGCUAAAUCAGCGGUAAAUAAGGUGGCAUUAAAACUAUGCAAGGAAAUUAGAAUCCGUCUAGGAUCAUCAACAUAUGAUAAAAUUCGUUCAGCGCUUGAACAAUCUGUUAUAGCAAAAAGGAUAAAGAGGAAAGUUCAGAUAGCCAGAGAAAAAAUCAAUCAACCCCUCAGAGCUGCGCGUCGCAAGGCAAGCAAAAAUAUGAGGUAUAAAGAUGCAAAAAAACGGAAACUGCAAAAUCAAUCAAGCACUGACACUGUUAAUGACAAUAAUUCGCAAAGUAUCAGUAGUGUAGGAAAAAAGCGUCCGUCAACAUAUUCAGCUAAAAGAGCUGGCGGAUCUAAAAGACGGCGUAAUAUGGAAACACUGUUUAAAAGUUGUUAAUAUUAUUCGUGAAUCUUUUUGCAUCUGAUCAUUCUGAUCAUUUCACAUCAACACAUUUGAUCAUUUCACAAAAAAUAGCUAUUACUAAAACCAUAUUUAUAUGGAUAACAAUAAUUCGCGUUUCAAAUAGUGAAACAAUAGCAUCUUGUUAAGUUGGAGAUACAAGAAUACACAUUUGGUGGAUGACA